AUGUCCUUCCAACUCCCCAGCCGUGUUCCCGCCUUCAAUUCCGCCCAGCGUGAAGCCGAAGACGGAUACUGGCAAGCUGCCACGUCCGCGCGCAAUCCACCUCACAAUGCCGCUCUGGGCGGUCCAUUCGACAUCACCGAUAAGAUCAGCCAGUUUAUAGCCCCCAACCGUGAUUUGCCGAUGUAUAAGGACAAACCAUACUAUGCGGCUAAGAGAGGCGCAGGCGGUAGUUUUAUACCUCAUACAAAAAGGGGAAGGAAAAGAAAGAUAGUGUUUUUAGGUGCUCUGGUGAUAUUUGGACUGACUGCGUGGUGGCUAUGGGCUGGAGGGAAGGCGUAUAGGAUCCUGUCGCGCGGAAAAGGGACAAAUAAUGUCCAUGGUGAAGAGUUAUGGAAAUGGGUUCAGGAUUUUCAAAAAGAGGAGGAUGCGGCUAAGGGGAAGACAAUAAACUGGGAAGAGAGAAGAGAGCGGGUGAAGGAUGCGUUCAUCAUUAGUUGGGAUGGUUAUGAGAAGCAUGCUUGGGGUCGUGAUGAAUACUUCCCCAUUUCAAAGGGUGGUCGGGAUAUGGUACAAGGCGGAAUGGGCUGGAUAAUUGUCGAUGCCCUUGAUACACUUAUGAUUAUGAACCUUACAUCUCGUGUGGAGAAAGCAAGGAGCUGGAUUCAAACAACGCUGCAGUACAACCAAGACCAUGCCGUGAAUACCUUUGAGACGACUAUCCGCAUGCUCGGCGGCUUACUCUCUGCACACUAUCUAUCUACCACAUAUCCUGAGUUGGCGCCUAUUGCAGAUGAUGACAAAGGUGCUGCUGGAGAAGACUUAUAUAUUGAGAAAGCGGCGGACUUGGCGGACCGGUUACUGGGUGCAUUUGAAUCUAAGUCAGGUGUGCCGUAUGCGAGCGUAAACCUGAAUAAAUCUAUUGGUAUCGUAUCACAUACUGAUAAUGGGGCCUCCUCAACGGCAGAGGCCGGUACGCUUCAGCUGGAGUUCAAGUAUCUAGCAAAACUGACAGGAGAACCAAACUAUUGGGAAGCAGCAGAGAAAGUCAUGGAAGUGAUCGAGGGAAAUGGGAAAGAGGAUGGCCUCGUUCCCAUAUAUAUCUAUGCAGACACAGGGCAGUUUAUGGGAGACAACAUCCGCCUGGGCAGCCGGGGAGAUUCUUAUUACGAAUACCUCAUCAAACAAUACCUCCAGACAUCGAACGAAGAGCCAAUUUACCUAGAAAUGUGGCAUGAGGUAUUGAGCGGCAUUCGAAAACACCUAAUCACAUACACCAAACACGCGUCACUCACAGUGGUUGGCGAACGUCCUAAUGGGCUACAUAGCUCGCUGUCACCAAAAAUGGAUCAUCUUGUGUGUUUUUUGCCUGGUACAAUCGCCCUUGGGGCCACCGGUGGCCUACCAUUAGCAGAAGCCCGAAAAUCUGCUCGCUGGGGCCGCAGGCAGGAAGAGGAUAUGCUAUUGGCAAGAGAGCUGACGAAGACAUGCUGGGCGACAUAUCUCGCCACGGCCACUGGAUUGGCGCCUGAAAUUACUUACUUUGACAUCAAUGACCCCCCUCGAACAGUCAAAGAUGUAUACCCCGACUUUGAUUUCUCGCUUGGCUAUGCUAGCAAAAGCAGCGUGAAAAAAUCCCGCGCAAAUAACCAUGCAGACUUGUUCAUGAAAUCACAGCCAUUAUAUCCCCUGGAUCAUGAGAAGCCCACAUGGAGCAAAGAUAUUAUUAUCCAUGAUGCUGACAGACACAACCUUCAGCGACCAGAGACAGUGGAAUCGCUCUUUUAUAUGUAUCGCAUCACAGGUGAUGAAACGUAUCGUCUCUGGGGCUGGGAAAUGUUUAAGUCAUUUAUCAAGUAUACUGCUGUUGUUGAAGAUGUCUCAUCUUCUGCAACUUCUGGAACACCCCACCUACGCACAUCACUUAUUCGUGCGUUUACAUCCCUCUCUAACGCAAACACAGUACCACCAGUCACAAAAGAUAAUAUGGAAAGCUUCUGGCUAGCGGAGACACUGAAGUAUUUCUAUCUUCUAUUUUCUGACAGGGAUUUUAUUCCCCUAGAGAAAACCAUAUUUAACACCGAGGCUCAUGUGUUCCCACGGUUUACGAUGGGAAAGAACUUCAAGACGGGGUGGAGAAGGAAGUUCCCCGUCAGAUCGACUGGCCAUCAGACGGUCUAA